AUGAACUAUCUUACCCUUGCCCUUUCUCUGGGUCUUGCUGUCCUGCCACAACAGGCCAAUACUCAAGAGACCCCAUGCCCUCUCCUAGGUGCCAUCUUUCCGCCUGUCCAGCAUCCACUCAAGUCUGGUGGUUUCUCAGAUACCAUUGCCCAGCUCAGCGCCACCUUCAACAACCUUGAUCGCAAUGGCACUCUUGAGGGUUUCAACACUACCUUCUACGUCCAGGCCUUCUCUGCUUCGGAUACUCUCUUCCAGCAUGGAUACGCCCCGUCCUCCAUGAAAGGCUUCUUGACUUCAGGGAGUCUCAACGAGGAUACUGUAUUCCGUGUGGGCAGUGUUUCGAAGCUUCUUACUGUCUAUACACUACUCGCCGAGGUUGGGAUAAAGCACAUGAACGAUCCGGUGACGAAGUGGGUGCCUGAGCUCGCUCUUGCGGCCAGGAAUAACAAAGGCGACCCCACCCGCAAGGUACAGUGGGACGAGGUUACUAUUGGGCAGCUUGCUGGCCAUAUGGCCGGCAUCAGCCGAAACUUCGGAUUCUUCGAUAUGAGCUCCAUCAUUGAAUCAGCUCACCAGAGUCCUGAGUUAUAUGGUCUCCCAAUGCUGAACAAGAAAGAAAGUCCACACUGCAGUGUCUCAGACCAAUCUCUGAAGCCCUGCUCCCGCAAAGAGUUCUUCCAGGGCAUCAUGACCCAAAGCUUCUUCCCUAUCACAUCCACUGCGAACACCCCGGUGUACUCCAACGUCGCGUACCAAAUACUUGCCUAUGCUCUCGAGGGCAUGACUGGAAAGUCAUUCAGCAAGUCCUUUCGAUCAUCGCUGCUCAAUCCUCUGUCCAUGAGGCGUACAAGCCUCGAGGCACCUAAGAGAAAGGACAACGCUAUGGUCCCCGAGAAUGAGCAGCUCUCGUGGUGGAACAUCACCACAGCAGAUGGCAGUCCCUAUGGAGGCAUGUUUUCUACAGCUGCAGACCUCACAAGCCUUGGUCAAUCUAUCCUCAGCUCUUCUAUACUCAGCCCCUCCGAAACUCGGUCUUGGAUGAAACCCAUCUCUCAUACCGCGGACAUUCACAUGUCUGUUGGUAUGCCUUGGGAGAUUAGGCGCACAUACGUCCCCCUCAGCCGCAGUGGAACCCGAAUUGUUGAUCUGUACACGAAGAACGGCGCCAUUGGACUUUACACUGCGAUUAUCGUCCUUUCACCUGACCACGGUAUUGGUUUCGUGGCGCUGACGGCGGGAUCUAACCGUGCAUAUCUAUUGAGCUACAUUCCUGACCUCCUCGUGCAAACACUGCUGCCAGCAGCCGAGAACGCGGCCCGUCAUAACGCCGUCAAGCGUUUUGCUGGAACUUUCAAGGGCCCCAAGAGCCAGCUGAUGGUCACUACGGACGAUACUCUCGUGGUACGGAAGUGGGCCCGGGGUGAUGUCGACGUGAUAGCCACGCAAGCCGCGCUUACGUGGCCUGGAUUGGAUGUGACACCAGUGCUCAGGCUAUACGCGAUGGGAUUGGAAGGAAAUAGGAAAAUGUCUUUCAGAGCUGUCUUGGAAGCCCAAGCCGUAAAUGACUCCACAGAAGAGGCUGAAACCAAUGAGACAGAUGCUAACUCUGGUCCUUUUAGUGGCGGAUGCUUGUCAUGGGGAGGAGUUGACUCAUUGACCUAUGGCAACAUUGGGGUUGAUGGGGAAUGUAACGCAACCGGACUUAUUCCAAGGGUCAUGAGGGAAACUCUUGAAAAGGUUGAUUAA